AUGGAUGAAGCACUCUUACUUCUCUUUAUUCAAGAUCUUCAGCCAUUCACCAUAGUAGACGAUGUUGGUUUUAAAAAAUUUAUUUCUGCUACUAAUCCUCCAGGUGCCAAUGAAAUGGCUUACAAUAAUUUAAAGGAGUUAAAUAACAUCAAAGCAGUUUGUUUAACUACCGAUACAUGGACUUCCAGAAAUACAACUUGUUUUCUGAGUCUAACCACCCAUUACAUUACCAAUGACUACGAAUUACGAAACCAACGACAACUAUACUCUAAUAAAAAUCCAAGGAAACUGAUCCAAGAUGUGGUAACAAGAUGGAAUUCCACAUUCUAUAUGCUAGAACGUUUUUGUGAAUUGGAAGAAGCUAUUCGAACCACCAUAUCAUUAAUUAAAAAAGAAUUAUCAGUAAUUACUUCAGACGAAUGGGAUAUCAUCAAAGAAUUGGUAACAAUUUUAAAACCACUAGAAAAUGUGACCAACAUUAUUUGUGGUGAAAAGUACGUAACAGCGUCUUUAGCAGUUGUACUAACGGACGGUUUGUUAGCAACUUACACUGACUUUAAAAAUCAAGAUUUUACUGACGUUAUCAUUAGCGUGGUUAAAUCUAUACUAAAUGGCUUACAUAUUAAACUGAACAACUUAGAAGAUAAUAAUUCAUUGGCACUUGCCUUGUUACUAGAUCCACGAUUUAAAUCUUUAGGGUUUAGUAACAGCGUAUCUGUGGAAAAAGCUACAAAUCUAUUGCAAUUAUUGGUAGCUCAAUCAAUUGGCGAUAGCAAUGCCAAUAAAAAAAAUAUCACAGACAAACCAAUAAAUGUUGAUCCUCAUUCAAUAUGGAAAACUUUUGAAAAGCGGCUCAUAAAGCAACAGCCGGUAGCUAGUAAUUCAUCAUAA